UUUGCAAAGUCAAACUAAAACCCAUUCCAUUCAAACCAAAAAUAUGACGGGCAACUGUUGGCCAAAACUCUUAAAUACCCUCAAAAAAGCCCGUAACCUAAUUCCCGUCGCUGCCCUCACCACCACCACCUCCGCUAAUUCUCCCAAAAUCUCCUCCAUGGACGACCUUCCCAAAACCCUGAAAACCCGCCUCUGUAUCAUCGGCAGCGGCCCCGCAGCUCAUACAGCCGCCAUUUACGCCGCACGUGCCGAGCUAAAGCCGAUUCUCUUUGAAGGAUGGAUGGCUAACGACAUAGCUCCCGGCGGGCAGCUUACGACCACCACCGAUGUCGAGAACUUUCCCGGUUUCCCUGAAGGUAUUGGCGGUGGUGAGCUUAUGGAACGGUGCCGUGCGCAGUCCGUUCGUUUCGGGACACAAAUUCAUACUGAAACUGUAACUAAAGUUGACUUUUCUAAAAGUCCUUUUGAGAUUGUUUCGUCUGAUAGGACUGUGUUAGCUGACGCCGUUAUUAUUGCUACCGGUGCUGUAGCUAAGCGGCUUGAAUUUCCCGGUUCCGGCAAUGACGGGUUUUGGAAUAGGGGAAUUUCGGCCUGUGCCGUUUGUGACGGCGCGGCUCCGAUUUUUAGGAAUAAGCCGUUGGCGGUGAUUGGUGGUGGGGAUUCAGCUAUGGAAGAAGCUAAUUUUUUGACUAAAUAUGGUUCUAAAGUGUAUAUUAUUCAUAGGAGGGAUGAGUUUAGGGCAUCGAAGAUUAUGCAAAGUAGAGCAUUGAGUAACCCUAAAAUAGAGGUGAUUUGGAACUCAAGUGUAGUGGAGGCUUAUGGGGAGAAGCUAUUGGGUGGAUUGAAGGUGAAGAAUGUUGUUACUGGGCAAGUUUCGGAUUUGCAGGUUUCGGGUUUGUUUUUCGCCAUUGGGCAUGAACCAGCUACUAAGUUUUUGGAUGGGCAAUUAGAGUUGGAUUCUGAUGGGUAUGUUGUGACUAAGCCGGGAACGACGUUGACCAGUGUUAGGGGUGUGUUUGCUGCUGGUGAUGUGCAGGAUAAGAAGUACAGGCAAGCUAUUACAGCUGCUGGCUCAGGGUGCAUGGCAGCUUUAGAUGCCGAACAUUACUUGCAAGAAAUUGGUGCCCAAGAGGGAAAGAGUGAUUGAUUGCUUGGUAUUGUUCCAUUGAAGCGUAUUUGAAAUUGUGUUGCAAAAGGUCAGGAUUGCAUUGAAAUCCAUGUAUUAAGAAUUUGUUUCCUCGCAAAUGUUUAUGAUUGAAAAGCAUAUUAUUUAAUUGCGAACCCAGUUCGUUCUCAAGCCAUGGUUCGUUCUUUGUACUAAACAGUUGGAUUAAUUUGAGAGAUGCAAUAGUUAUCAUCAGCUUUGUUGCAA